UCCGAUCUUUUCUUCGCUAUUUUUGUUGUUGUUGAUUGUUCUCUUAUUUGCAUUCGUUUAGUUUGUGUUAAUUUUAAUUAGUUCGGUUCGAAUGAUGUAUACUUAGGGCUAAUAUAUAAAUGGACGGUGAGAAUAACAAUCAUCAUGUUUUGCAAUUGCCUAGAAGAGAAGAGAUCUCUGAUUUCCUGAACAAAGCAUAUUCGAUGGUGAAUGAUCCUUCAACGGAUUUAAUAAUCUCGUGGGCACCGAGCGGAAAUAGUUUCAUCGUUUGGAAUCGGCAAGAAUGUUGCCAAAACCUUCUUCCCCGACUCUUACAAAUCAACGACUUUGGAAGAUUUCUAGAAUAUGGCUUUAGACAUUUUGAUCUUGGACAAAAAUUGCAAUUUGCAUGCAUUGAUUUCGUGAGAGGCCAACCUCAACUUUUGGACAAGAUUGUCGAACGCUACUUGAAAAGGCUGAUACAUAUUCAUGCGGUUGAUCAUUUUCGUAAUCACACGAUUCCUUACCUUCGGAAUCUUGCUUAUAGCAGGGAGACCUAUAAUACUGAAGAUUUUCAAACUAGCCUUAAGCUUUUGGAAGAUAUCGAAAACCUUCUUAGCAAUUGGAGGAUGUCCACUGAACCAGAUGGAUCAAAUAUCAUCUCCUUGUUGAAUAACUUUCAUUUACCGUCCUUAUGAAAUAAUCAAA